GGAAAAAAUUGAGAGCGCACACGUUACAUAUCUUUUUAUGUGUAUGGGCAUAAUAGUCUUAUGCGUUAGUAUUACGAUGGUACAGAUCGCUACGAUGGAAAUAUGUAUGGAUUUUUACAAGUUUACCAGCUUUCUGAUUAUUCAAUUCUUACAUUUGUUCUACCUAACGAUGCAGGGUCAGUUUGUCAUAAAUUCAUCCGAUGAGAUUUAUGAUGCAAUAUACGAGGCAUCAUGGUACAAGAUGAGUACAAAAACGCAAGCAUUAUAUAUAUUAGCGUUGCGGCGAAGUCUAACUCCAUGCUAUUUAACUGCUGGCGGUUUAAUACAAUUGAACAUGCAAAGCUUUUCAGAAGUAAUGUAUCAAUAA